GCAGUGCGGCAGGGCCGAGGCCGGAGGCGCGGAAGGCUGGGUGGGCUCGGGUCCCGGAGCUGAGGUGGCGGCGCGGGGCGGGCUGCGGGCGGCGGCGCUGGUCUUCAUGAGCCGCCGGCAACAGGCGCGGGGCGCCUGGGGGGGCCCCAGCGCCGCGGGAAGGAGCAGCGGCCGAGGAAAGGGCGUGAACCACCCUCCGGACAGGUGGAAAGACUAUCUCCCAGUUGGACAGCGGAUGCCUGGGACACGUUUCAUUGCUUUUAAAGUUCCUUUAAAAAAGAGCUUUGAAGAAAAACUUGCCCCAGAAGAACGCUUUUCCCCUUUGGAUCUUGUUAACAAAAUACGAGAACAGAACGAAGAGCUUGGAUUGAUCAUCGAUUUAACCUACACUCAGCGCUAUUAUAAACCAGAGGAGUUGCCAGAGGCUCUUCCUUACUUAAAGAUUUUUACCGUUGGACACCAGGUGCCUGAUGAUGACACAAUUUUAAAAUUCAAAUGUGCUGUGAACAAAUUCUUGAAAGAAAACCAAGAUAAUGACAAACUUAUUGGAGUCCACUGUACACAUGGUUUAAACAGAACAGGAUAUCUUGUUUGCCGGUAUUUGAUUGAUGUUCAAGGCAUGAAACCAAACGAUGCAAUAGAAUUGUUCAAUAGAUGUCGAGGACAUGCUAUAGAAAGACAGAAUUACAUUGAUGACCUCCGGCAUGGACCAAUCAGAAAGAAUGAUGGUACUUUAAGGUCAGACCAUUUUGAAGAAUCAUCAUUUAUCAAAAGGAGAAACUUUUACAACAGCCACGAAACUGAUUAUCACGGGCCCAGACGGACCUUUCAUUGGUCCCAAGACUUUCACUCCCAGCCCCAAGAAGGCUUCCACUACCAGCCCCAUGAGUUCUACUCUCAACCCAGAGAUUUUCGAUCCCAUCGAAGAGAAUUCCACUCACAACCACGAGAUUUCUACCAGUCAUCCAGGAAAAACCAACACAGACGGAAUUACUUUUGCCAAAACGUGGGAAGCCAUCCUCCUUUGCCUCCUCCAGGCCCACCUAGAGAGGACUAUUCUCAGAGCAGAUAUACUUGGAAUCUAAAGCCCAACUAUAAUCUCCCUCCUUGGAACAAAAGACAGAAACUUAACAGUUAUAAUGGACCAUACUUUCCAGACCAAUGGGGGACAGAUAGACAGCCACAGAUACAUAGAAAUCAAGUGGGAGAAAAUAGUUGGCAUGAUGUUUAGUCAGGCCAAAUCAAGGGAGGGUCGCCAUCUCUUUUAUUGCUUUCCCAAGCGAGCUUAGGGAGAAAUUAUAUUUUUUACCACUUUGCUGAUGGGGUUGAAGUGUGUUUGAAGGUGAAUUUUUUAAAAUCCCAUGUUAUACCUGAAAUUUUUAAAACAAGAUGGCGUUUUAGAUUUUGGCCAAUGAGCAAAGAGCCUCCACUGCAAAUUACCAAAAAUUAACAUGCAUAUCUAGAUUUGCCAGUUCAACUUUUUUGUUUUAUUAUUUUGUGACAUUUUUAACUGGUCUUUAUUACGUUUACUUACUGGCCUGUUGUCACUAACACCAUUUUUCUUAUUGUGUUCAGAAUUCAGAUUACAAUCUGUCUAAGAGACAAUCUCCUUACAGUUAGACCUGUGGGGGUGUUCUGGCAGGCCCUCCCAGAGUGGCUGCCCUGGGAUGAUGAUGCCCAGGUGCCCGGGUUGGGGCCCAGGUCAGUAAGUCCAGGAGUGUGAGUUGGUCAGUUUACCCAGAGAUAGUCCAUUUCUCUUGACUGGGUUUGUGUUAACCACACCUGUUAUUAAAAGAGCAAAAUGAACCAAAUCACCAGUUUAUAGGAGAAAAUAGACUUCCUAACAUAACUGACACCUGCCAUUGACAUGGGACAGUGGCAUGGUGCAUUGCAUAAAGUGCACUGGUUUUAAUGUCAAAACCUGGGUUCAAAUCCAGCUCAAGCACUUAAUAGUUGCAUGACCCUUGACAAUCACCUAAUUUUUCUGGGCCUCAGUUUCCUCAUCUUUAAAAUAGGGGGUUGGAAUCAGUGACAUCUAUAGACCCUUCUAACUCUGAACCUGUGGUCCUAGUGGGUCAUCCUGUACAAAUAGCAGAAUCAUCAAUCAUAAGAUUACUUGUCAGAAGAAAAAGAAAUCCAAAAGGGAGACUGGAUAUUGCCGAGAGAAUGUUCCUGUCACACUUAGUCCAGCCAGUGCCCAUCUCCACUCCAGGAAUACCCCACCAGGUGGCAGCUUCUUUUGGGCUCUCUCCUCUUUACAUGCUUUGAAUGAGUCAUUUAAAAAGCUGGUCACAGCACUGCCAAGAUUUGAGCUAGUCUCAAGUUCAAUUCAUUUUUUAAAGUGGUGGCUUCAGGAUGAAAUCCAAGGGUGGCUCUAACCUUCUCAGGAGUUCAUUUUCUGUUUCUCUUCUAAAACAGGUUGCUUCUGGGGGGUCUCAGGCACAGCAUUAACCUGAUCCAUCUGAUGGGGACCCUGGCCUGUGUCCUCUCAGCUUCUCACAAUAGUGUGUGACCUUAGGGCUCUCAUAGCAUGCUAGGUGAAGAGAUAGAAAGGUCCUUGCAGGCCAUUUGGGAUUUUUAUAGAUGAGGAAACUGAGACCCAGGGAGCUGAAGAGACUUGCCCCAGGACACACAGGAAGUAAUCAUCAGAGGUGGUUUGUACAGCCAGGUCCUCUGACCCUGGAGCCAGUGCUUGUUUAUGCCACUGUGCCAAGCUGCCUCCCACUCAGUUAACUUCUAGACCCUAUUUGCUCCUGUGUAAAAUGGGGCUAAUGGUACUUGCCCCCUCCCUCUCAGGCCCAGAUAAGCCAUCUCCUGUCUCAAGUGCUUUGUAAACCAUGAAACAGCAGAUACACAGAUGGUACGUCCUGGCCAGCCUCUGGUGGCUCCUGCGUCGUGCUGACCAUAGAGCUCAUACUCCUGUGGUGUUUUAAGCUUUACAAAGCACUUCCCCCACAACUACAUGUUCAAGCAUUAUUCCCCCUUUAUAGAUGAGCAAACUGAUAGUCAUGAAAAAUGACCUUGGACCUUCCUGCCAUCGCUUCAACCAAGAAGGAGUUUGUGUCGGACUGACAGAAUCUUGCCAUUGCUGCCAAAAGAAAAACUAGUUAUAUCUUUAUAAAUUCUUUGCUUCGUACCCAGUUUCCUUUUUUCCUGGCCUACAUCUGGAAGAGCUCAGGUCUUUCAGCGAUCACCUCUGAUAAUGUGGAUGGAUGUGAGGAUGAGUUCAGUCUUACACUUGUGUUCAAGAAAUCACCUGCACAAGGCCAGGAGAAAAGGCAGAGCCACUAUGUUUUCACAUGUGGAGUCAGCUCUUCACAAGCCAGCAUCUAACAGACCUCGGCUCCAGUGCAUAUAAGUCACCCACAGAGCUAGCCAAGCAGCACCGAAGAACCUAGCAUGGUCACAGGUGGCUUGCUGUGAACCUUUUGUAGUGAUGGCUACAGAAGUGGCCUUACCAGGGAGUCCUGCUAGCCAUGACCCUCCAGCUGUACCCAGAGAACUUAGUUGGGAUUUACCAAGGUCGGGACUGGAAGCAAAUGAGAGCAACAGGAAAAAAGCUGAAAUUCUCAUCCAGGUUCUUAAAGGAGCUCACCAAUGGCAGCCUCCAAGAAGAAGAGAAAUUACUGCUGUCAAAAAUGUGAUCUGGAUACAUCGAAGUGAAGGGACUGGAAGGAGAAACCUUGAAGGGACAAAGUGAAUGUUUAGAAAACGGAAAUUAAUUGGUGCUUUCAUUUGAAUUCUUAAAGACCCCUGUAGAAGCCUCGAAAUUAAAGAAUCACAUUGCCGAGCUUAACAAGUUGGUCUUUUGGGUCUUCCCUCCCCUACACCUACCUCCUCUCUCUUCCUCUCCCUCUCCCUCCCCCCUUCAUCCCCUUCUCUUCUCUCUCUCUCUCCCUCUCUCCCCCUUCCUCUCUCCCUCCCUUCCUCUCUCCCUCUCCCCCUCUUCCUUCCCUUCUCUUUUUUUCCCCUCUUUCAUUGGUUUUCCUAAAGCUGAGCUGAAAAAUAGCUAAUCACCUGUAGGAUUAGGAUUGCUUUAUGUAUGGUCCUGGGUGAGCAGAAAUAAUCCACACAUUUUUGUAAUGCUCUAGGGUUUACAAAGUAGCUCACAACUCUGAAGUCAUUAUUAACCCCAUUUUCUGAAUGAAGAAAAGAAGUUAAGUGAUUUUCCCAGGGUCCUAGCAUUAGUUCUGAAUUAAAUCUAGAUCUCCUGGCUCCCAAGUCCAGGACACUCUCCACUACAUCUCACUGUCUUUAGGAAGGGAUAUUGGGGUCUAGGUCACUCAAGUCUUCUACAGGGAUCUGGGUUGCCCCAAAUCCAGACUACCUUGAAAAGGAAAUGGCCAUCAGAUCCUGGGCCAUUUCCUAAAUUGCAUCAUGUGUUUGAGACUUGGGAAGGACUUAGGUAAACCUAGAUCCUGGGACGUCAGCUGAGGAAUUCCAGGCCUCCAUUGAAGAGCUCAACAGUGUUAUGACUGUCCUUUAGCCAACGAGUUUACCUCCAACUUUGACUACAGUGGUGCUUGCCAACUUUUUCAAGGAGUGCUUCUUUUUAAUGUAAAGGAGAAAACCCUUCACUAUAGUAAUUGUAUUAUUAGUAUCCUUUCAGAAAAUAUCAUGACCUAAAGGUGCUAUGAAUUCACUGAGAUUUUUAAAUAAAGUACCAUUUUAUUAAUCACAACAGCCUCU